AUGCUUGUCUAUCAAGUCUCGUUGGUGUUGUUCUCUGUCACCGCCGCUUCUGUGUCCGGGGCCGGACUUCAGAAACGAGCAACAGUUCCAGCUUUCGUCCGUCAGUUUGCUCCGGUGGUAUUUCUCGAUUCUACGGAAGUGUUCUUCCCCAGUUCCAUUGCCUCACAAGUGGCGAACACGCACCCCGAAGAUUUCGCUGGGCGAAAUAUUACUCCCCAUGCCCUUUUGACCUUGUCCAAUCUCAACAGCCUGGACAGCUUUGGCGGCAAUGGCACCAACGUGUCUCUCACUUCCAAUCAAGGCAUCCGUGCCCUGCCUUUGUGGUUUAACGGUGCGAAACCCACCAAUGGCUCCUUAGCUAGCAACACCACCGCCACCGCGGUCGUCACCGUGAGUAAACCCAACAACAUCAUCGACGCCUUUUUCUUCUUCUUCUACGCCUACAACCGCGGCGACUGGAUCUUUGGACUCCCUGUACUCGAAUUAGGCGAUCACGUCGGCGACUGGGAACACGUGAUGGUGCGGUUUCAGAACGAAACCCCCCAGGCCAUGUGGUACAGUCAACACUCCUCAGGUCAGGCCUUCACAUUCGGCGCGGUCCAGAAGUUCAACAACGGGUCGCGACCCAUCGUGUACUGCGCCAACGGCACACACGCAAACUACGCCACGCCCGGUACACACCCACUGAACAUCAGCGGACUCAACCUCGGGACAGGCCUUCCGAUUUCGCCCAUCACCGACUUUGCCAGCGCGGGCACGCUCUGGGAUCCUCUCGCCAACGACAACGCAUAUUUCUACUCGUUCGACACCGCGACGCAGAAGUUCACAGCGUAUAACGGGGUAGAUCCCACCGGCUGGCUGGACUUCAACGGCAUCUGGGGAGACGUGCAGCUCCCGCUCAACGCGACCGGCCAGAUCGACCUGAUCGGACAGAUCAAGUACGUGAGCGGGCCCACGGGUCCCAAGUUCAAGGGCCUAGGAAGGGCAAAUGUCUGCAAUACGAGUUCGAAUUCUUCCUGCAUCGUCCUCACCUCGCUGGGUGCGUGA